GGCCAAAGUGCUGUGCACACGGUGCUGAUGAAGCCCGCACGCGAGCGUUUCAAGGCAAAACUUCGGGAUUUCCUGCCCCGCAUGUCCAGACCCAGAUGCACCAUCUUCAUGAGCAGCAGGCCUGUUGAUUGGAAUACAGACCCAGAGAUCGUGCUGGAACUUCUGAGCGAAGAGCUGGCUUUGCCCUUGAAGUGGAAGGAGUCUGUGGAGGCUCUGAGCAGAGUCGGCCUCGAAGAUCUCUUCGAAUGCGGGCCCUCCAAGGAGCUGAAGGCCAUCCUGAAGCGAAUCGAUGCCGACGUCUGGUCGCGAACAUGCAACGUGGAGGUGUGA